AUCAAAGAUAAACUUGUACCGCACCCAGCAGUCUUUGUAUCUUACAUAUCAUCAUUUGCGAUUAUAGUUAUAUUUCAUUGUUAUGGAAUUUAGUAGCAAAGAUCCAGGGAGCACGGUAGAAGAUUGUCGACUGGCAAUAAGAACACAGAGCCUGGAAAAAGCAUAUGACAACACCCUGGUGCACACAGCACAGCUUCUAGAUGCUGAGAAAAACCGGCUACUACGCGUGGAACAAUUGCUCCUUCGAUUUGAAAACGAGAAUUUGCGGUGGCAGUUGAAUCAUGUCAAUCAGGAAUUGACCAAAACUGCAAGGAAGGAAUCUGAAGUCCGUCUUCAGCUUCAAGCGACUUACAAGGAGCUUGAUCAGCUACGAAGUGCGCACCAUACGUCGUCUCAUGAAAUAGAGACACUUCGUCUUGAGCUUGGCUCCCUGACCAAUUCUUCUGUCGAUGUGAAAAAGCUCCUUGCAGAAAAACACCAUCUCUCAAGGGUACUCUCAAGUGCAGGGGCGGACGUUGAAAGGCUAAAGUCCCAGAAGACUUCCCAACAUACGCUCCUUGCCGAGAAGCGAAAUCUCGAACAACAGGUGACAACCCUUGAGGUACAACUCGAGAAUGAAAAAAAGGCCCAUGAACAGGCAGUAGCCAGGGAGUCGCAUAAUGCAGAACAAGUCGCAGCGCUUAGUUUAAGCCUUGAAGGAGCGCGCAGUGAACUCAUGGAGGAGGCACGGGCGCGAGAUGGACGUGAGCGUGUCUUUCAACACCAAAGUAUGGAAUGGGCUGCCCAACGAGCGGCCCUCGAUGCCAAGCUUGAUGCCUUGAAUAAGAAGCUACAUUCAACGAAGGACCAAUAUCAGGCUGCUGCUACAGAACUUAAACGACAGUAUGACAUCUCUAACAAUCACGAAUCUAAAUUCUCCAGUGCGCAGUCCAUUACACAACACAACUCUGGUCUAACAAUCGCAACCCCUGGAGCUAUUCGUGCCCAGGACAAGAGAAGUAAAACAUCAACAUUACCCGGCGAGAAGUCGUCCUUUUCGAUCACUCCGUUUCUAAACCGAACAAAUGGGCUUCAAAAUUCAGCUACGAGCUCUGGGGACGAUGCAGAUGAGCUCCACACAACUCAUAUGACCAGUAAAACAAAUCAAAAGGCCUCUGAGAAUGAUGUUCAAAAAUGUGUUAAUUCUGGGUAUCAGGGUCAGAGGCCGUCGGUUGAUGAGCUACCUGUGACCGUGGACACACUACGUCUGGGUCAUGGCACUUCCAAUGGCAGAAAAGGGGGGCAAUUUCAGAGAAAACUGUUAGACAAUUCGGAUCCCGAGGGACGAAUGGAAAAUGCCAGCGGUAUAUUUACCCGCACUUCUAACCAUGGGCAAUUCAAAUCAAGGAAACGUAAACUGGGGACCCAACGCGACUUGGGGUUGUUCGACGAAGACGACGACGAAGAUACCCACGACAUCAGACGGCCAGGUCGGAAGCUGGUCUCAGGAGGUACAGGGCGAAAUUUUGCUUCCCAAGCAUCUGCUCCAAGUGGCAGCCGCCUUGGACGCAGUCGCGGGUUGGGCGGACUAGGUGAAUUUUCUCCUUUGAAGCGAGACAAGAAACGACUUUAG